CACAUGGGAGACAGACAGAAAAGUAAUAUUCGAAACAGAUUAAAAGUGGAUACUCUGUUUCACAACAUUUUUUUCUUUUUUCUUCUUUUUAACUUGUCGGAUCUUUCAAGUUUCAACUGCGCAGUCCAUCAAGUUCUUUCUUCUCAAUUUCUAAAUCCAAAAGAGAAAGAUACACAGGAGGGGGAAGAUGCAACGAGGAAAGGAAAUUGGAUUUCUCCUUUUUCUCUCUCUGAAUCUGACUAUCUUCUCUCCAUCUAUUUCUCAUCCCAAUCCUUCAACCUUCUGUGGUAAAAUCCCAAUUCAAUCACCUUUUUCUCUCCAGAAUUUAGUGGAAUCUUCUCCUCUACACCGACUGCUGCUCUGCACAUCCGAAAAGCUCUACUUUAGGACAUCCAUAGGUCUUUUCCUGAUUUCCUCCAUUGAUUACAGAACUAAAACCUUAACCAUUUCUCACUCUUCUUGUUCACGAACACUCCACUUCGUCUCUCCUUCUCUUCUCUCAGCUGGUUUCCCUUCUCCCCCACAACCCAACUCACUUCUUCUCUUCAACUGCUCUAGACGCACAGAACUAACAAAUCCGCUUCCUUCUUUUCUCAAAAACUGCACUCAUUCCUCCGAUUGCAGAGCUAUUUCUGAAACUCAAGAACAAGAAAAGGAAUAUUCUUCCUGUUUCUUCGUUGAUGAUUCAGAAAAACUAGAAGUGGGCUUUGAUCCAAGAGAUUGGAACUGCUCACACUACAACAGAGUGUACAAGGGUAAUUCUUUGGACGAAGGAUUUGAGAUGGGAACAAGGAUUUCUUUCGAGAUUCCAAACCAUGUACCCAAUAUCUGUGAUGAGUGUGCAAAGCCCCAUGGCAACUGUGGUGUUGGGUUGAGGUGCAUCUGCCAUGCAAAUGAGUGUAAAGAUAAAGUAUUUUCCAAAGCUGCAUCUAUAAACCCUUCUGGUAAUAUCCUCUUCUCUUUGUUUUUUUUGGUCCUUGUGAUUGUAUCCUUCAUGAGUUCUUGAUGUUGAGACUAAGAGAGGCUCCAGCUUUCUAACUAUGAAGUAACAGAGAUGCGUAUAAUUGACUGGCUUGUUUGGUAGUGGAGGAAUUAAUGAAAUCUCCAUAGUUUUCUAUGGGUAAGUACUAUCUAUUAAGAUUAUCAUCCUGGAUAAUCUUGAGUUAAAACUUGAGGCAGAAGUUGUAUUCUAAGAUUAUGAUUUUUUUCA